AACCCUGCGGUGACAAGCGGCCCGUACUCGCCACUCGUGCGCAUUAGGUCAAUAUAGCAACCGUGGUGAUGGAACCUUGCUAUUGUUAUUGUUUUCACUACAAACACCAUCUAUUUGUGAUAUCUAACGUAAAUUGGAUUUAAUUAGACAGGACACAAAGUUCUUAGUGAGUUCUUAGUCGUCAGGAUUUGGAUUCCAUAGUGUUUCAUGUCGUCAGUGGAAAUUGUGAGUUUUUUACGCUCACCGCUUGAAGGAUCCCGCAAAGCAGAGAUGCGGACAAAAAGUGGUACCUUCAGAAUGAACGCAGGCCCGGAAAAUGGAGGUUUAUUCAAAAAACAACAAAAGGGAGAAGGAACUAUGACUGGCGAUAUUGUUUCUGCUGGGGCUCAUGGCGUGUUUAGACAGAAAUCAUUUGGGGCAUGCGAUCGUCAGAUAACCGCAUUGUCGUCAUAUGCGCGAGCUGCCCGCUUGUCGAUCGGAAAUUUAUUCACUCGCAAAAUGGCGACUGUUACAGCAAACAACUUGUGUCCAUGGCCAAAUAGUCAAGAUGAUUAUGAAUUACGUGAUGUUAUUGGUGUCGGGGCCACUGCUGUCGUUCACGCAGCUUAUUGUGCCCCACGUAGUGAGAAAUGUGCCAUAAAACGUAUAAACUUGGAGAAAUGGAAUACAUCAAUGGACGAAUUAUUGAAAGAAAUACAGGCUAUGUCAAGCUGCAAUCAUGAGAAUGUGGUGACAUACUAUACUAGUUUUGUAGUGCACGAUGAACUGUGGUUGGUUCUGAGGCUCCUUGAAGGAGGCAGUUUGCUUGAUGUGAUAAAACAUAAAAUGAAAGUUGCCAAUUGCAAGCAUGGAGUAUUUGACGAAGCAACUAUUGCUACAGUUCUCAAGGAGGUCCUCAGAGGUUUAGAAUAUUUUCAUAGUAAUGGACAAAUUCACAGGGAUAUAAAGGCUGGAAAUAUAUUGUUAGGAGAAGACGGGACAGUACAAAUAGCUGACUUUGGAGUAUCUGCGUGGCUGGCCACGGGCAGAGAUAUGUCAAGGCAGAAAGUACGACACACUUUUGUGGGCACUCCAUGUUGGAUGGCACCAGAAGUUAUGGAACAAGACCACGGAUACGAUUUUAAAGCCGACAUCUGGUCGUUUGGCAUAACUGCGAUAGAAAUGGCGACUGGCACCGCGCCCUACCACAAGUACCCUCCAAUGAAGGUUCUGAUGCUGACACUGCAGAAUGAUCCGCCCAACUUGGACACUGGUGCCGAUGAAAAGGAGCAAUAUAAAGCUUACGGAAAAACUUUUAGGAAAAUGAUAAUAGAUUGUUUGCAAAAAGACCCUUCGAAAAGGCCAUCGGCUACAGAGUUACUAAAACAUCCAUUCUUUAAGAAGGCGAAGGACAGAAAGUAUUUGACACAAACUCUAGUCGCUAUCGGCCCUAGUAUGGAAACUAGGGUGCAUAAGGCAAGUAAACGUUCAACGGGUGCCUCAGGCAGAUUACAUCGUACCGUCACCGGUGAAUGGGUGUGGAGUGAAGAAGAAGAAGAGCAGCAACAACAGCCCGUCGAGGCUCCGGACUCUGAUGAGGAACCGUUCUACACUGAUGAUGAACGGCCAAUGAACCAGCUGCAGAAAGCUGACUCCAGUGGCAGUGAGAACGAGGGAGAGGAGCCGUCCAAGCAGCCGACGCAGAAACAGCAGGAAAGCGCCAAGAAUCUCUUCGGGUUAAGAUCUGUUGACGGAGAGCCGCCUGUCAUUAACUUAGUAUUACGAUUACGAAAUUCCCGUCGCGAGCUAAACGACAUUCGUUUCGAGUACAUAGUGGGCAAGGAUACCGCGGAAGGCAUUGCUAUGGAGCUGGUGGGAGCGGGUCUGGUAGACCCUCACGACUCGGUGCCCAUUUCUGUGAACCUGGCUAAACUGCUCGAUGCCCAGGUCUCCCCUGGACCCUCGCCUCCUAAAGCGGUUACAUUCCAUUUGAACUCGGCUGGUCCCAACGAACAGUUCGACGACAAAGCACUGAUAGGAUUCGCGCAAAUAUCAAUCGUUGAGUGAACAAACCUCGGUUGAUACGUAUCUUAGGGCAAUGUGAUUGGUGGCCGGCGUUAGCUAAAUGUACUUGUAAAAUUGUUAUGGUGCUAAAAUGAAAAGGCUUCAUAAAAUGACGGUAAUUUCCAACUGUAUUCUUUAUUUGAAUUGGCCAUAUAUUUUUCCAUCGAGCCAAAGAAUUUUUAGUCUUAAAACUUAAUUAAACCUUUCGGUGAGUAGUUGGUAAGAUAUUUGUUGUUUUGUUACUACGUAUGCCUUUGCAUAUUGGUAGAGUAUAAAAUUGUUUUAUUGAUUUAUAAUUUUUACUGUAUGAAUGAGUCGUCGUUUUAGCCACGGAUGUCCGGUAACUAGGUAUUGUUAGCGCUAGUAACUUUACUAUACAUAUCUUCACGUGUUCCUUGCAUCAUAGACUUUAAAGCAUCAUUCAGUAUUUGAUAUUCUACUGGUUAGAUUCAUAAGUCCUUUAUAACAAGUAUAUAACAAUAUCAUGAACGGUCCGGCCUAACCGGCUUUACAAUAGUCUCUAAAGCAUCAUUAUUUUCAAAAGAUAUGAUUUAUACUUAUAUUAGUGGAUAAUGUACAAAGAUUAAUCAUUGAAAUACUAUACGUAAUUUUGUUACUACUGAAUAUUUUUGUUUUUGUAAGUGAUUGUAAGUGUAGAAGUUUCUGUGAGGCAGUGUGGAGCUCUCCUUGUGCCUUGCUGUAGACACGUCGAUGUCCUGUCGACUGAAUCCAGGUUAAACCUCAUUUCAUGCAAAUAGGCGAAAUUCAUGUAGUACUCUUGCCACGUCUGAUGUCAAUUCUGAAUAAAAACAGUUUUUAAUGUAGUUAUUUCCACUGUUAGCCAUAUGCCAAGAGCAAUUUAGAUUAAGAUAGGAUACAAGAAAACCAUUUAACCUAUAUACUCUUGUAUUCUUAUGUAUCGAGAUCUGAAUAUUAAAUCAUAAUGCUUAUGUUAGUGUUGAAGUGGUCUAUGAAAGUUUUUCUUUACAUUCCUUCUUAUUAUUGCUACUUAAUACAUUUUAGAAAAGCUUAUUGUCUAAAACAUAUCUACUGAUUUAUUUAAUUACGGUGUGUAAUGAAUCAAAUUGUUUUAUGUUCUCAUAUGUAUUUGACUAGGUACUGAUUGAAACGAGAAAAAAUAUAAAGCCUACAGUUAUCGGCACGGAUAUCGAACCAUGACCUUCACCUGCGCAGAAGCGAUUUACUGCCUUAUUGCCUUAUGCGUACGGGUGCGCAAAGCGAUCCCCACUCUUCCGCCGAGAGCCCAAUAUCCGUGCCGGUAACAUUACUUUUUUUGCUGCUGUAUAAAAAUAUGACUGAAUCAUUUUCAAUUAGAUGAUAGUUGUGACUUGUCUUCUGAGUGCGGUUUCAGACUAGCAUAUUUUUACGUGCGUGUCCGUCCGGCUACAUCACACGUUUCAAAAAAUCUAGCUCGUACACAAUCUUAUUUACACCUUUUCGCUCUUACCGAGUACCUAGUUGUCAGUUGAAUAGCACAUCAAUGAUUAUAAAAGCUACGCGUUCGGGAAAACUUUCUCGUAUGCGCUUGCAAAACCGAGCGUAUAAUCUGCUAGUCUGAAACCGCACGUAUAAUCGUAUUAUCUAGAUAAUAUUUAUUUUUUUCACUUUAUGAAAUUGAGUCUGUUCUUUUAUGCAGUAUUUAAUUUGAUAACUAUGAAUUAGUAUUUGUCUGUCAAGUUUACAAUGUGUUAUAUCAAUUGUAUUAGACGCAUUUUAUUUCCUUAGUGCACCAGUGAUAUGCAGUAUUAAAUGCACCAUGUAAACAUUGCUUUGUAAUGUAACAGAAACAACCACCUAUAAAGAUACUUUUGAAAGCUAGCUGCCGCGACUUCUUUUUACAUAUAAAACAAUUGACAGCUGUUUAGAGUGCCGAAUUCUUUAUAUAAAACCUUAAAGCCUGCUUUUCACUGUGGGAUAUCAAAUAAUAUUUAUAUUACAUCCUGAGAUAUAAAAUUGUUUCGCUCGUCGUACGUUUUACCCUGUGCUAUGUACAAAAUGUAUGACGAGCGAUAAAAUAUUAUACCUCAGUUAAAUACAUAUUAAUAUCUCAUAGUGAAAUGCUGGCUUAAAGGUGUGUUUUGAAUGCUAGCUGCCGACUGCAACUGCCAACCGCAAAUGUCGUAAUCUGCCGCAGCUGCACUACUGGUUUGUGUGUAUUUAUAUGAAACCGUUUUGGAUCGAAGCGGCAGCAGCACGUGCAGUCGCCCUCAGAUAUCGACUGAUUUCAUGCAGUCACAGUUGUUUUAUAUAAAGAAAUCGGCAUUCGAAAAGCUUGUCUAAGUUUGAAUGAACUUUUUUAUGAUUUAUAACUAAAAUUAUUGUAACAAUAAUUGACCCUACAUAUUACAGGGUAAAACGUUUCGUCGUAUAAUGCCUGAUUCCCAAAAUGGCACCCGAUUCUCCAACCUAGCAAACAAUCCAUUCCUCUAAUAUACCUCUAACCUAGAAACUUUGAUUUUUCAUGUCAUUUAACUCGUGGGAUAAGUUGGUAAAAGUUGGCCAUUUGAAUUAGUCCUUUCAAAAAUUAGGUUUUUUACUAAUAAGUCCUUUUGAGAAUUAGCCAUUUCGCGAAUCAGCCUUUUUUGCAACUGUCUGCCAUUUUGCCAAUUAGGCAUUAUACGACUAAACGGGUAAAACGAUUUUAAAUGCUUGUUUCUAUAUUUUCUGUUUAUUUAUUUCUUAAUGAACAAAAAUGUUGCAUUUAUGUUUCUGGUAUAAAAGCAUUUAAACUUCCGAAUUAUUAUAUUACUUCAAAGAAUGUUUGAUGAAUAAACGAGAUUUUAUGCAACUAUAA